AAAUGUGCUCAUGAUGUGUUUAUGUAGAAUUGCAAGUUUGCCCAUUUAAAUGCAGAAAUAGCUGUAAUUUUAUUAGGUUUAUUGUACUUUGGUCAAAACGGCGUUCUACGGGAAAUUCCGAAGAGCUCCGGCCAGUAAAUUUUACAGUUUCCAUGGCAAUUUAGUAAAAUAACAAUAUGGCGUGAGAGAAGCUCGGUGAAUUUGUACAAUUUGAAAAAAACGCUUUUAAUUCUUCGGAAAAUUACCGUUAAACACUGUGUUUGUGCAUUAUUUAGAAUCAGAAUGUCACAUAGUACUUAUAAUAGACAGUGGAAUGAAGCAAACAAUGCCUUGGCUGACUUACUUGAAUUUGAAAUUCCUUCUGAGCAACGAAAGCAAGAGAAGAUACAAAAUAAUAUUGAAGCGUUUCAGUUGCUUGCCGUGACCUACGUCAAAUAUAUUCAAAUAUAUCGAAAAUUGGAAGAAUGUUAUGAUCAGAUUGUUCAUCCACAAAAACGAAGAGUAAUCCGGCAUGUUCUUGAUGGCACCAUAGGAAGAAUUUUAGAGUUGAAAAAUGACAUGGUUCUAUUGGAACAUUCUGAAUAUCAUUAUUUUGAUGACGUUCUCUCGGAUCUCAAACUUACACCAAAUGACAUCGAGAUACCAAUUCCCAAAUAUUUUUUACUGGAGAAUAGUAAAAGUCUAAAAGAACGCGAAGUGUUGUUAUGUAGCAUUCUGGCAAAAAUGCAACCUGCUGAUAAUGCUGUUAAGGUAAAGGAAAUACCAAUGUCUAUGGACGAAGCAAUCAAAAUUGUACAGGUUCAUGAAAGGGCAAGACAAGGUCGACUGAGAGCCAAAUUUAUGCGUGAAAUAAGGGUGCAAGAGGAAAGAGAGAAACAAGCACAGCAACGUGGGACACCCGCCAUCGACCCUGAUUGUGCUGCUACUAAAAUACAGAAAGUAUGGAAAGGUUUUGCUCAGAGAAAAAAGACGAAGCAGCUUAGACAAGAGGAGUUUGAGUUUAUUGGCAUGAAAAUGUGCGAUGACGGUGCUAACUAUAAUCCGUGGAAGAAACCAGAGAAAGUUUGCAUUCGUCGAAGGGUGGUUCAAGAUGAUCACGAGAAAGAAUAUCAAGAGGGUCUGGUUCACAUCAAGGAUAAAUUACGGGAUGUAGAGGGUCCUGACAUGCGUGAAACUAUGCAGGAUCAGAUAAGACAAUGGUUUAUUGAGUGCAGAGAUAAAACGGGAAAGUUUCCAGACUAUCCUUCGGAUGAUGAAGGUGGCUCUUCUUUGUUGUUUAAAGAAAAAACACCAGAGGAGCUUGCCCAGGAAGAAGCCAAUCAAGAGGAAGACGGUGGGAAAAAGGGUAAAAAGGGAAAGAAAGGAAAAAAAGAUAAGAAAGCAAAGAGUGCCGGUAAAGAUAAAAAAGGCAAAGGCAAAAGCAAAGGAAAGGGAGAAGAAGAUGAAGAGGAGAAAGGAUUUCAGAUGUCCGAAUCAAAGUUUGUUGGUGCCAUAAAUGAAUCCGUCAACGCUUACAGAGACGUUUGGCAAUGUCGUGAUGAGAGAAACAAUUUUGAACAGAAAUUUGAUGCUGAAUUAGUGAAGGAAGCAAAAAGAAUUGAAGUUGAAGCCGAAGUGCGAAAGCAAGUUGACGAAUUAAUGCGAGAGGAGUUAAAAAAUCUGAAAAUGGCGGUUGACAGGGAUAAAGCUGGUAAGAAGGGUAAGAAAGGGAAAAGCGGUAAAAAGAGUGGUAAGAAGAAAAAGAAGAAAAGUGGAAAGAAAAGUGGAAAGAAAGGAAAGAAAAAGAAGAAGGAAAAAGAUCUGACCGCUGACCGAACUAUAGAAUCACUGUACGAAGAACUUGCCAACGAGGGUAUAUUGGUACGUCAUCCUAAAAUCAAAUUGUCAGAAUUCUUGGGCGAAUUCAGUUACCUUGGCUCGACUCUCCGACAAGCCAACAUCGAACCGAUGCCGUCGCUUUCCGAUGUUCGACGUAUCAUUACGGAGUUCUGUAUACUCCCCUUAGGUUCUCAAGCAAUUCACGAGAGGGCUCCGUUCAUUAAGUCAAUGCUGAUCGCCGGACCCAGGGGGGUUGGUAAGAAGACAUUAGUGAGCUGCAUCUGCACGGAGACUGGGGCGAACUUUUUUGAUCUCACCGCAUCGAAUAUCGUGGGCAAGUAUCCUGGAAAGUCCGGUCUUAAUAUGAUGAUGCAUAUGGUUUUUAAAGUUGCAAGACAAUUGCAACCAUCAAUUGUAUUUAUUGGUGAUGCAGAAAAAACGUUCAUGAAGAAAAUUCCCAAGACUGACAAAACCGACCCAAAGCGACUGAAGAAGGAUUUGCCGAAGGUUUUAAAAUCUUUAAAACCAGAAGAUCGAGUUAUGAUUGUUGGGACAUCAAAGUCACCUUUUGACGCUGAGAUAAAACCGCUGUGUUCUGCUUAUCAGAAAAUUGUCCUAGUUCCUAGACCAGAUUAUGCAUCGCGAUAUUGUUUAUGGAGGGAGCUUAUAAUCAAACAACAAGGAGUCCUUACAGAUCAAUUCGAUGUCAGUUCUUUGGCUAAAGUCAGCGAUGGCUACACUCCAGGUCAUAUAAUUGAGAGUAUAAAAGAAGUGCUGACCGAUCACAGAAAACAGCAGUUGGUAAAGAAACCAUUGACGGCGUCAGAAUUUGUCCCAUGGUUGGCAAAAAUCGAUCCCAUUUACAAAGAAGAAGAAGAAGCUUUCAAGACAUGGUACACAAAAACACCUCUGGGCAAAAAACGGCUCAAGGCGGCGAUGGGCGAUGAUGAGGACGACAAGAAAAAGGGUAAAAAAGGAAAAAAGAGCGGGAAAAAGGGCAAGAAAAAAUGA